AUGAAUCUUGCAGUGGGAGGUAAAACAACACGUGCGCGUGGCUAUUCUAUCAACCAUGCCACGUCAGAUCAGGAUGAUAGAAUGGCUAGGUCUCUCGAUCAAUUGGGAACCGUUUUGCAUCUUGUGGAAAGAGAAUGGUCUGAUGUCAUGAGGCCAAGUGCCAAUCCCCUUGAAGCAGCUUUGCCAUUACUUGACGACACGUCUGUUGGUAUGGCCCAUAGGUAUCCUGAAUUCAAGCACUUGAAGGAGAAGCUCUCAAAGACUCUACGAGCAGCCGUAAACGAGCACUACCAGGCAUUCAAUGAUAGUGUGGGAUCCUACGGUAUUACUGUUGAGACUGUUGCUGAUUCGCAAAGGAUUGUUCAUGGUAUACGAAAAAGUCUCCAGGAUGUAUCAGAUCAUAUAUCGGCACCACGGAGCAUGUUGGAUGAUCUCAACAACAACUCGGCUCAGUAUGGGGAGAUGGUUGAGAUAGUUGAUGCAAUUAUCGAGCUCAAGUCAAUUCCGGAUGCAAUUGACGAGCUGAUAGCCGAGAAACGCUUUCAAGCUGCUCAAGAAGAGCUUACCAGGGCAUCUAAAGUCGCUGAUACACACGGUUUGUGGCGUCUGUCUUCGCUGGCUGGAAUCCAGCAAUAUUUGGCAUCUCAAUCUCAGGCUUUAUUUGAGGUCUUGGUGGAAGAACUGCAUAGUGUGAUAUACCUGAAGGUUUCUGAGGACUUCACUGCGAGCUCCAGCAAACCCAAACUGCUUGACUCGAUGGCUUCGAUGGAUGUAUCCAGUAGGACAACCCCAUUGUUUGAGAAGUUCGACAGGUUCAUGAAUGAGUUCCAGAAAUCAAAACAUAAGUCUCACGAGGAUAUUCCCAAAAACCCUGAUUUCAAGAGGUAUUCAUACAUAUCAGAGCUGUUGCAUACAAUCUCAGCUCUGGACAAACUCCCACAAGCGCUAAAUGCCCUCUCUCAAAGAAUGAGCAGCGAAAUUCAACAACUUCUCAACAGAUCCACGGAGGAGACACGUUUAAGACAUCCGCAAAACUCCCAAUCUGCUACCGGGUUCAAGAAGCUUGAUCCUUCGGCAUUGAUGUUGAGUAUUGCGUUGGGUGACGUGAAUGUCCUCAUACUGGAAGACCUCUUUUGGAACAUAUUCUCCAGGUGUAUAUCUGUGUUGCAGGGACAUCGUGUUAUCUUUGAAACAGUUAGUGUGUUAAGCAAUGGACCUGCUGUACUCUUAUCCACGGAGUUCACUUUUGAAUCUGCCUGGAAAGCCAUUGAAAAAGAGAUCAGCGGAAUCAUAUAUAACUACAUUAUCGAUGAGGACAUCACGGGUGAUGCCAUGUCUGACUCUGAUAAGAGUAUAUGGAUCAAAAACGACGAUAGGGCCAAAGGAUUGAUGUUUCAGUUUUCCAAGCUCACGUUCAAAAAUACGGAAGCAGAGUCUCUUGCCAGCAACUUACAGAAUGUCCUUCAGGACAUGUUCCCCGGAUACACUUUGAGAAAUCCUACCGGUAAGUCAUUGUACAUUGAGAGCGAAAGUUUCACACAUCAGGAGACUUUGGUGGAGCCAAAUGUUUACUCCAUGAAAAUCAUCUUGCCCUCACUUCUGGUGUUUAUUGACAGUGCAGUGCGUUGUUAUCCCCAAAGCCAGCAGAAGACAGUGCCGAUAACUUUUUUCAAUUACUUUAUGAGCAACAUCUUUCAUGUCCAAUUGCGUGAUAUUCUAUAUCAUCAAUUUGAGCAGAUCUCUACUGUCGGGAACCCUUGGGAAUUAGAUGCUGCACAUGGAGCAUCCAGGAACUCUGUGGCCUUCAAAUCAUUCUUCUUGAAUACCUGUGAUUCUCUCAACACCUCUCUCAGCUUCCGGGGAUCAUAUGUGGAUAUUGUCUUCGGAAUCCUCGAAAAAAUGGUUCUUCGAUUUGAGCAAGCAUACAAGGAGGUUUGCCCUGACGAAUCAACAAAUACAAGGCCGAGACUGAGCUCAUACUGGAUGAAUAUGCCAGAGCUUUAUGAGGUUUCUUUGAAUCUGAUUACCAAGGGUGAAGACGCCUAUCUAUUGCAGGAGGAGACAUCGACAAUCUUGGAAAAUGUUCCAAGUUCUAUCUCUGCACAUGACAUUCUUGAUGGUUACACCUAUGAAUCUCUCACAAAGCUACUUGGAAGUUUGAACUUCACUCUAAGCUGGUUACCCUCAAUGAAAACUUCUGUGACUAAUGUCAACCAAGGCGUGGCAGACUCUCCUAUUGAUAAGCUCAAAGAUGAUUGGGUCUUCAUGGAGGAGCAAAUCUCUCGUCCAGCUGACUCCACUUCUGGAAUUUUCCUAACUCUUCAAGGCGAGUCUGUUGGAGUAUUCGACUCGGUUGUUCGUAGACUGGAAGAACUGAGAAGCCGAAUUCAACUGACUCUUAGAUAUGACCUACGCUCCAAAAUCGUCUAUUACAUCAAUACUGCUUAUGGCUCUGAUUCCUGGAUGCCAGAUUUCAAAUCCCACGAUAUCGACUCCAGCAUUGUUGCUUUGAACAGAGCUGUUGUUGAGGCGGAUAGCUCUCUUGAGACCAUCUUAGGUGCCAGAGGCAAGGAACGCAUUCUGAGCGGAAUAUCUGGGCUCAUUGAUCAUGCCCUUGUGUCACAGGCUAAGGAAAUCAUAAAACUGAACUCAAAUGGUAUUGACAGAAUCUACUUGAACAUCACUAUCAUACAGCAGAUGUUGAGGAGUGUUCUGCCUAAGCCAGACGAUGUUACUUUUACCAGGGCCUUGGAAUACUUUGAGCUUUUCAAAUCGACCGACAAAGGAAUACUCGAGAAUGCCAGAAAUAAUCUCUACCAGUUCAGCUUUGAAGAGCGGAAGACCAUGAUCAGACUGUUCUUCAGUGAAGAGCUGUCUAGAGGAAUACGGCACCAAACCGCCUCUAUAAGCGCUACCAAGCGGUAUUCCGAUGCGGUCAACAAGUUGCACGAUAUAUAUAGUGGUAAAACAAAAUAG